UCAACGGCGGCGACUCCACCCCACGCGCAAAGGAGACCCGAGCCGAAUCCGCCCACCAAAUCCCACCCGCGUCUGCCGCCUCCGCCUGCCGCCGGCGAGAUGAUGAUGCUCGUCAACUGCUCCGGCUGCCGCACGGCGCUGCAGCUGCCCCACGGGGCGCCCUGCAUCCGCUGCUCCAUCUGCGGCGCCGUCACCAACGUCGCCGCGCCCCCCGCGCCCGGCCCCGUCGCCGACCCCGCCCGGGGCGCGCAGGCGCCGGCGCCGGCGCCGGCGUGGGGCCCGCCUCCCCCGGCCGCGCACGGCCGGAAGCGCGCCGUGAUCUGCGGGAUCUCGUACCGCUUCUCCCGCCACGAGCUCAAGGGCUGCAUCAACGACGCCAAGUGCAUGCGCCACCUCCUCACCACCCGCUUCAGAUUCCCCGACGACUCCAUCAUCAUGCUCACCGAAGAACAAACCGACCCUUACAAAAUCCCAACAAAGCAUAACAUAAGGAUGGCCAUGUAUUGGCUUUUACAAGGUUGUCAACCUGGAGACUCAUUGGUGUUUCAUUAUUCUGGCCAUGGGGCGCAACAAAGAAGCUACAGUGGAGAUGAAGUUGAUGGGAUGGAUGAAACCCUCUGCCCGUUGGAUUUUGAGACACAGGGAAUGAUUGUGGAUGAUGAGAUAAAUGCUGCGCUUGUUAGACCACUUCCCCAUGGAGCUAAACUUCAUGCACUCAUAGAUGCUUGCCACAGUGGGACUGCACUUGAUUUGCCGUUUCUCUGCAGAAUGAGCAGAACUGGGCAAUACGUAUGGGAAGAUCACAGACCGCGAUCUGGUGUCUGGAAAGGAACUAGUGGCGGGGAAGCUAUUUCAUUUAGCGGCUGUGAUGAUAAUCAGACAUCAGCGGAUACUUCAGCCUUGUCAAAGAUCACUUCGACUGGCGCAAUGACAUUUUGCUUCAUCCAAGCUAUUGAACAAGGCCAGGCUACCACAUAUGGGAGUAUCCUGAACUCCAUGCGUUCGACAAUACGGAACACGGGAAGUGGUGCCUCAAUGGCUGGAGGUGGUGCGGUUACAUCACUCAUUUCAAUGCUUCUCACAGGGGGAAGCGCUAGUACUGGUGGAUUGAGACAGGAGCCACAGCUAACUGCAUGUAGCACAUUUGAUGUGUAUGCGAAACCAUUUUCGCUAUGAUACAUUUGUGGUAUUCUCCACUGCCUUCUGUGAUUCUAUCAUGAGUCCGGGUUUAAACUAUCAUGUACAGCUAGUUGAAAUGGCUUCUCCAUAUAUAGAGCUAACUUUGUAUUAUUUGAUGCUCAUAUUCGAAUUAAAGUGUUUGCCCCCUUUGAAUUGUUCCCUGUGUGAGGGAUUUGCCAUUUCUUCUGUCACUCAGACCACAUAAUAAGAUAUGGUGCAGGGGCUGGAAAGAUUUCAGGUUAAUUUACAGUUCA